AUGAAACUCUCCCAGUCCUGUAUUGCCGCUGCGCUCUCACUGGCCCCACUUGCCGCCGCCUCGUGCGACUAUGUCGACGGGAACUACUACUGUUCCGAAACCGACGCUGUCGUUUACGAAAACGUUGGCUAUUCUGGCUCCUACAUGGACGUCACUGGCAUGGACGAGUCCUCCUGCUCCUGUACUCAAGAAUCUGUGUCUUUUGAAGGCUCUAUGUCGCCACUCAACGAAGAACUUUCUGUCCAUUUCAGAGGUCCGCUAGAGCUUUUGCAGUUUGGUGUUUACUACCCAAGCUCUGGUUCUCUUAAGAAAAGAGAAGACUGUGACGUCGCAACUCGUCAUCACGACCACAAGCGUGAUGCCGCCGUCGCCGUCGCAUAUGUUACGUCUACCAUGUACGUUGAUGGUAACGGCAAUCCCGUGGCCUCUACAAACCCUUCUGCCACUGCCGUUUACGCCACGUCUUCGUCCUUGACCCCUGCGGCCACCACUUCUCAGUCUCCAGCAGUCUCAUCUGCUUCAACUGCAUCCCAGGGCUCUUCCUCUUCUGCUAUCCCCUCUCAGUCCUCUUCUGCCCAGUCUCACUCCGCUUCCUCUUCCUCCUCCUCGUCCGCUCCAGCUUCUUCCUCCUCUGGUUCCAGCUCUGGGUCUGGCUGGAAGAGAGUUUCAUACUAUACUCCAGGUUCUGCCAGCAACUUGACCUUCAUGAACCACCAAGGUGGUACCGCUGGUUCUGGUACUUGGUCUGCCUGUUUUGGUAACUCUAUUUCUUAUUGUGCUGCUGAUGGUGUUUCCGGUGCUGGAUCUCCACAAGCUUUGGACCAAGUGACCUUGGCCUCCAACAAAGAGUAUAUGAUCUUCUCGGGCGUUGAUUGCUCGGACACUUCUUCUGGUUCUUGUGGCACAACCAGAGAUGAUAUUCCUUCCUAUCACGGUUUCGGUGGUGACACCAAGAUGUUUGUUUUCGAAUUCAAGAUGCCUCACGACUACUCGUCUUCUUACAACCAGGACAUGCCUGCAAUUUGGAUGUUGAACGCUAAGAUCCCACGUACCCUCCAAUACGGUAACUCCGAUUGCUCUUGCUGGAGCUCCGGAUGUGGUGAGCUAGACUUGUUCGAGAUUUUGUCUUCCGGCAGUGAGAAAUUGAUCACUCACUUGCACGAUGGCCAGGGCAACAACGGUAACAGCCAAGGCGGUGGUGGUACUCAAGACUACUUUGCUAGACCAACCUCGUCUAGCUUGAAGGCCGCUGUUAUUUUCAAUGGCUCAGACAAAACCCUGCACGUUGUGAGUGUUAGCGGUGACUUCGGCUCGAGCUUGAGCGCAAGCACAGUACAGGGAUGGCUUGACCAGAGUGGUUCAGUUGCGAACUUGGCCUAA